CGGGAGCGCGCCCGGGUCUCCGCCCUGGCUCCUGCAGAGGACUUGAUCUGCGUCUUGAGGCUGGAGGUGCUUGGUCCUGGACGGGAAAGAAGGUAGAGGAAUAGAGAUAUCUGAUACUGGAAACAGUAUAAUACCUACCAUCACUGACUCAAGCUUCGAGCCCACAGUCUACAUGGUCUGAAAAACUAGAAGCCAAGGAAUUAAUACAAAGCUGGCCCAGAAGACCUGUCUGAAAUGUGGUGGUUUCAGCAGGGCCUCAGUUUCCUUCCGUCAGCCCUUGUAAUUUGGACAUUUGCUACCUUCACGUUCUCAUAUAUCACUGCAGUAACACUCCACCAUGUUGAUCCUGCAUUGCCUUUUAUCAGUGACACUGGGACAAUACCUCCAGAAAGAUGCCUUUUUGGAGUAAUGCUAAAUAUUGCUGCAGUUUUAGGUAUUGCUACCAUGUAUGUUCGUUACAAGCAAGUUCAUGCACUGAAUCCUGAUGAUACCCUUAUCAUCAAACUAAACAAGGCCGGCCUUGUGCUUGGGAUACUGAGUUGUUUAGGACUUUCUCUUGUGGCAAAUUUCCAGAAAUCAACACUACUUGUUGCACAUAUAUGUGGCGCUGUCCUUGCCUUUGGUAUGGGAUCAUUAUACAUGUUUGUUCAGACCAUCCUUUCUUACCAAAUGCAGCCCAAAAUUCACAGCAAACAGGUCUUCUGGGUCCGACUGCUGUUGGUUAUCUGGUGUGGAGUAAGUGCACUUAGCAUGCUCACUUGCUCAUCAAUUUUGUACAGUAGCGAUUUGGGUGUUGAUGUAGUACAGAAACUACACUGGAACCCCAAGGACAAAGGUUAUGUGCUUCAUAUGGUCACUACAGCAGCAGAGUGGUCUAUGUCAUUUUCCUUCUUUGGAUUUUUCCUGACUUAUAUUCGUGAUUUUCAGAAAAUUACUUUACGAGUGGAAGCCAAUUUACAUGGAUUAACCCUCUAUGACACUGCUCCUUGCCCUGUUACCAAUGAAAGAACACCAUUGCUUUCCAGAGAUUUUCAAUGAAGGAAUAAAAUACUUCUGUGACGAUUAUGAUUCUCAGGGACUGAGGAAAGAUGCACAAGUGUUGCUUAUUUUACUGUGAAAAAUUAAAUCAGUUAAUCAAGUCUGACAGUGAAAUUAAUGAUCAAGUCUGACAGUGACAUUAAUGAAGGAUGAUAAUGAGGAGAAAUGUAAUAAGCCAUUUGAUAAGGUUUUUUUAAAGGAUGAAAUUAAGAAGACUGUGUAAAAACAUUUAUGCCUAGACUUUUUUUGUAAUUCCCAGAAAAUAAAACCAAAGGAUAAUACUAUUUUGUGUUUACUACUUCAUCGAAGAAAAACAGCCUGAAAUACAUCAAGUAGUCUGUAUAACUGGCCUUAAACAUUUUGUAAGUCAUUUUUAAAGCAUCUUUUGUUAGGAGCACUUUUAUGAGGGACAUUUUCCAUGACCCACAAUAAUCACCAUUGUUCAGUUGAUCAUUUAGAAUCAGGGCUUAAAGUUGAAGUGUUACUCUAUUAAUGCAUUUCUUAUAGUGCUUAAAAAUUUGUUAUUGUUAUGUUGUAUUGGAAUCUCCUCUGUAAAUACAAGCCUUCCUGAAUUCA